AUACGUUUUUUUUUUUUUUCAUUUCUUCAAAAUGGCGGCUGCCAGGAGGGCGAAGCGCGUGGCGGCUUCUCAGCCUGGUUUUUUACCUUUAAAAGCCUCCGUAGACCCCGCAGACCUGGCCAGCAGUCGGAGGAAACGUGGGAAUAAGAACAAGAAGAAGAACUGGAACAAAUUCUGCGACAUUACAGAUGUUGAGGGUUUUUUAGAGGACGUCCGGCAUCAAGAGCGGACGACAGGGGGUCUGCUGUCUGAGAAAUCAGAUGAGCAUUUGUUCUUUGUGGAUCUUGGACAGCCAGAAAAGCCUCAUCAGAAAGCAGAAGAACCUGACGAGGGGAAGAAGAGAAAAGGGAAAACAUCACGUCCUCUGAGGAUUGACCUGAUUCUUCAACACGACUCUCGCGUUCCACCUGUUAAAGAUGUGCUGGCUUACCAGCAACCCAAUGCCAAGAAACUCCGCCGCAUCGCCCAGAAGGCCGAGCAGCUGGCAGCCAGAGGCGUGGUGCCACGGAGGCAGAAGCUGCUGCUGAACAGACGGCCUGUCGUCAGGACGGUCAAAAAGGCCGUGGCAGAGGCCAACAACAACCCAGACAGAGAAUAUUACAACAUAUGGAGAGAAGAGCCCAAAGAGUCGGCUGAUCCCUGGUAUCUUCAACAGACGGGCAAGAAGCGUGUUAAGCGUCCAGAGAAGCUGAACGAGAAGCCAUCCGUGCUCCCUGCUGUUGAGGUGAUUGCCCCCGGUGGAUCCUACAACCCCGACUUCUUCUCCCACCAGGCGCUGCUUCAGGAAGCUCACAUGGUGGAGGUCAAGAAUAAGAAAGAAGAAGACAGAAUAGAGAAACAGCUGGCUGUCAACAACGAGGACAAAGCUACACAGGAAACGGCUCUGCAUGAAGAGGUGGAAGGUCUGAUCGAGGAGGAGGGUGACGAAGAAGCAGAAACUCCUAUCAACAAGGAGGGCGACGAGGGGGCCGUGUCUGCCAUCACAGUGGCUGCGAAGAAGACCGAACGACAAAGAAAGAAAGAAAAAGUCGAAAAAAUUAAGGAGCAGCAGCGGCUGUCCAGCAGGCAUCAGAUUACCCAGCAGCAGCAGCUCUUCCAGCUUCGCUCCAUCAAGGCCUCCAUCAAACAGCAGGAACAGAAGACCAAGAAGAAACAGAUACAGCGCAAGGCCAAGCAGGAGGCGCAGAAAGCUCAGCCCAGGCGCCUCGGGAAGCUCAAGUUCCAGGCUCCAGACCUGGAGGUUCAGCUGAGCGACGAGCUGGCCGGCUCUCUGCGACAGCUCAAGCCAGAGGGCAGCAUCCUCAAAGACCGCUUCAAGAGCCUGCAGAAAAGAAACCUCAUUGAACCCAGAGAAAGAGCCAAGUUCAAGAGGAGACUGAAGCUGAAGUAUGUGGAGAAGAGAGCUUUUAAAGAGAUCACAGAAUCACCUGCAAAUAUGUCAAAUAAAAAAUAACAGCUGUA